CCACCCCACCCCCCUGUGGCUUUGUUGGCCAGGACUUUGGCCUAGGACAGAGCAGCUGCCUGAUAUGGAAGGAGGGGGCCCUCCAGAGCUAUAAAGCCUGCCAACCCACUGGAGUGAGCCAGGAUAGUCCCUUCCUGCCACUACAUUCGGGUCCCAGACAGCAUGGGGUCUCGGUUCUUCCUGGCUCUAUUCCUGGUCAUCCUGGUGUUGGGAAAUGAGGUCCAGGGGAACCAGGAAGAUGACCCGGGCAGCCUGGCUCUGCUGGGCACGGUGCAGGGCUCCCUCUUAAGUUACUGGACCUCUGCCAAGGAGGUUGCCAAAGACCUGUACCAGAAGACAUACCCGAUCAGCAUGGAUGAGAAACUCAGGGACAUGUACAGCAAAAGCUCGGCGGCCAUGAGCACUUACGCAGGCAUUUUUACAGACCAGCUCCUUACUCUCCUGAGGGGAGAGUAGCUGCCAGGCAAGCCCCAAGUUACGGGAAAGGAAAACCUGAAAACGGACACCGCGCCUCUUUGCUCGUGUCACCAGACCAGGAUGGUCCUACACCGCCCUGUCCCAGCUGCUCCCACCUUCCUGCUCCCAACUCGAGCACAAAGUCUUUCAGUGAACGAAUAAAUGAGUCCAGGUUCA